AUGGCAAAGCAACUUCAAUGGGAAGAAGUUGGCGCUGCCGCCCACGCUCUACUUUCUCCUGGCUACGUGACAGCAAAGAACAGUCAAACUUUGUACACUUCUGGCUGUGUAGGAACUGAUCCUAAAACUGGCGAAAUACCAGAUUGCAUUGAAGCACAGACCAGGAACGCACUUGAGAACCUCAAGGCAAUUUUAAAAGCUGGUGGCAGCAGUCUAGACAGCGUUUUGAAGGUUUUGCUUUUCGUAGCUGAUGGGAGCUAUGCAGCCAGUGUCAACAAGGUUUAUAAAGAGUACUUUCCCAGCAAGCCUGCCAGAAGCUGUGUUGUAGUAGCUUUCCCAGAUCCUACCCUCAAGGUCGAGUUGGAGUGCGUGGCAGCUGUAGAGGAAUAG